UGCGCGGAGCACAGACAGACAGCAGGGAACAGCUGCAGCGUUAGGUUCGCGUAGGAUUUCACUGCACUGCGAUUUAAAAAUAUCAAUCAUUUCAUCCCCAAAAACCCAAGUAGAGCAGCUCGACACAAAGCAACCAAACCUCGGUUAAAAAAUGGUCGAUCGCGAGCAGCUGGUGCAGAAAGCCAGGCUGGCCGAACAGGCUGAGCGAUAUGAUGAUAUGGCUGCUGCUAUGAAGUCGGUAACAGAGCUGAACGAGGCCCUGUCCAACGAGGAGAGGAACCUCUUGUCUGUUGCCUACAAGAAUGUGGUGGGAGCCCGCCGGUCCUCCUGGAGGGUGAUCUCCAGCAUUGAGCAGAAGACUUCUGCCGAUGGCAACGAGAAGAAGAUUGAGAUGGUGCGAGCUUACAGGGAGAAGAUAGAGAAGGAGCUGGAGGCUGUGUGCCAAGAUGUGCUGAACCUCCUGGACAACUUCCUGAUCAAGAACUGCAGCGAAACGCAGCACGAGAGCAAAGUGUUCUACCUGAAGAUGAAGGGCGACUACUACCGGUACCUGGCAGAGGUGGCCACGGGGGAGAAGAGGGCCACGGUGGUGGAGUCAUCGGAGAAAGCUUACAACGAGGCUCACGAGAUCAGCAAGGAGCACAUGCAGCCCACCCACCCCAUCCGCCUGGGCUUAGCUCUCAACUACUCUGUGUUUUACUACGAGAUCCAGAACGCCCCCGAGCAGGCCUGUCAUCUGGCCAAGACCGCCUUCGACGACGCCAUCGCCGAGCUCGACACCCUCAACGAGGACUCCUACAAAGACUCCACUCUCAUCAUGCAGCUGCUCCGAGACAACUUGACACUGUGGACAAGUGACCAGCAGGAUGACGAGGGAGGGGAGGGCAACAACUAAAGAAAAACCACACUUCGAAAAAAAAUAUAUGAAGGGCCGGUGGACUUUGGCAGCCGCUUUUGCCGAUGACACUACCGCAGCAGCAGUUCUUUAUUUUUCCAUGUGUUAAAAGAAAAGAAUCAAAAGAGAGGUGAGAGUGGAGGUUAAAUCUUAGUUUAAAUAUAUAUAGAAAUAUAUAUACAGUUGAAGGGGGCCUCCGUCUUCUUGAUUUUCUCUUUGACAUUUGCCAAAACCACAGAUAUGUCAGUCAAUCAGCCUGAAGUGGUUGUUGUUGGAUUGAAAUGGCAGCCUCACACUGGCAUAGGAACUGAUCUUGUUCUGUCAAGAUAAGCUGCUUAGUUAGGUUUUUGCGUGAUAAGAGAUGCAUUUGAGUCACUUGAGAGAGAAAAUGCUUGAAUGGGAAUGCCUCACAAAACUAGUUUGCAUUGGUUCCAGUCAUAGUCUAAUAAGAAAAAAGGGCCCUGAAAGCUAUUGAUCAUAAUCUCACGCUAACAAUGAAAAAAAGAGGGAAGUAUAAACCGAUUAGUCCCCCCCCCUCCUAAAAAUAAAAAAUUUAGAGGAUAAAUUAUAUUGGAGUUGGAUAAAAGAAAUCCUGAUCCCUUACCUUCUGUCUAAAGUGUAUUUGGCAUCUCACAGAUUAGUCGGUUAUGUCACUGGAACCAUAGAUUCUUUUGGAGGUGAAGAUUAUAAAAGGCAGAGACUUAACGAUAUAAAACAUAACAAAAAAGACAAAAAAAUAAAUAAAAGCAGCUUCAGAGUUUGUGGUUUACUUCUGUGUUUGUUUUAUUAAAUGCACUUGCCUACUAUACUGUUUCUUCAGUGUAAGAUGAUGACAACAAUAAUAUUCAAUAUUGUGCAUGCUGGUGAUGUAUUUAUAUACAGUAGCUUGACUUUAUUAACUUAUACUGUGGGUGUUAAGUAUUCAUAUGAUUGAGAAAAACAGGCUUUGUCAGAUGUUGAUUUCUAAUUUCUAAUUUAUUUUUUUUGUUAUGGUUUUUGAUUUGCUAUACCAAAAUGGUGAUCGUAAAAAUUGACCUGUAAUGGGCCGUGCUAUAGUGACAUGCAAUAUGUGUAUUUAAUUUGUUAAUGAAAGAAAAAAAAGGAAGAUAAAAAACUCACCGAUGAUCACUUAAUCUUACCAGCUGGUGUUUGUCACAUUGAAGUAUGAUUAUGAUCUAUUUUCUUCUUUGAACAGUAUUUAAGUACUUUUUUCUGUCAUGCUAUCCAGUUUGAAUAAUGGUGAACUUUUCAGGCUCAGUGUUUCUGUUAAGAAUUCACAAACAUGGACCAUAUUUUAUUUCUGACAGUAUACAUUUCUGUUUGUUUGUUUGUUUUUAUACAUUUUAGCUGUUCCUGAGUGACAAAAUAUCUUGAAUGUGAGUCAUUAUGUAGCAGUUGCACAAGAACCGAAAUAAUAGCUAUGAUAAUAAAAAAGAAUAUGACUAAAUUAUACAUGCACCAUUUCCGUGGUGGUCUAGUGUAUUGUUGUAUUGUCACCCAUGAAAGAGAAUUUUGUUUUUAAAGGGGAAAUCAUUUCAUAGACAAAAAUGUUAGCUUUGUUUUGUGCCCUGAGUACAGUACGUGCUUUUUUGGUGCCUGUAUUUUUAUUUUAAAUGCCUCGUUUGCAAAUUAACCUUUACAAAAAAGGAUUUAUCUGCCAGUAUUUAAAGAGUCUGCGAGCAUGUAAUGAUAUCUUUCAAUGGCUCCUCACUUUUCUGUGUGUACUGCUCUCUGUACAGCACAUAGACAUGAAUAUUCCACAUUAAUGCACAAAUAAGGUGUGUUUCCACCAGGUGGUCCAGUCUGGUUUGGUACGGUAGACCCUGCUCUUGCUUGCAUCUCCACAUCCAACUGUAUCCGUACUUGGUAGACAGCUGGCUGGUGCUAAUAUGAGUCACAGAAAGGCAAAACAGACUCGAAGUAAAGAAAUUAAUGUUUUUUAUGGCCAAAGAUUUUUUUUGAUGUGAAAUCCAAAAUCAAGAAACAAGCUGUUUCCCAUUUACAGGUUUAAAAUGGAAAAGACAUACUUUUGACCAUUUGAGGUGGUUCACAUUAAAUAUGGAACUUAAAAACAAAAAAAAAGGUUAUUUGUUUUCCAUUUCUUGGUUUUUCAGUCAGACUAUGGAAAAAAAAACCUUUUUGAAUUUGUGUUCAAAUCAAAGAAAGAAGAUGAAAAAUCAGUUUUUCUUUUGUUAAUUUCAUUUCUGAAACAAAUACUUUUUUUAAUCUUAUGUUCAGAUCAGAAAAGGAAGAUCAAAAACUGGAACACUGGUGAUGCAACAUGCUUUUUUGCAGCCCCUGCAAGAGGUCAAAAAUAUGGAAAAAAAAGAAUGUUACACCACAACUCUCUUGGAUCUUCCUUUUUUGAUCCAAAAACAAAAUCAAAAACAUUCAAUUCUUUUUGGAAAAUUUCAUUUAAAAAAAGGAGGAAUUGUUCUUUUUUUUGUUUUCUAUUUUUUGUUUCCAGUUUAAUGUAAACUGCUUGAAAGAUCCAAGGGCAGAUCUUCCAUGUUUUGUUUUCCUACUUUUCAGCUUGUUUUUUUGAUUUUGGAUUAAAAAUCUGCUGGCUUUAAACUACACUGACCAUCAAGAAAAGGGUGCCAAAUUAAGCAGGGCUGUAUGGAUCAGUUAUUUUGGUACCUUUCCUAGCUUGUAACAGCAAAAUUAUUACGUGCCGUACCAAGCUGAACUGGACCACUUGGUGUGAUUGCAUCUUCAAUAGAGUCACAGGGGUAACAAUUUAACAUAAAUGCAUAUUGAUUACUGAUAAUUCACCUCUUCAGAACAAACUUUAGACACUACGAAGCUGCUUAAGAGCACAGAAAGCUGCUGAACAGAUUUAUCUUCAUAAAUCUGCUGCUAGUUCUAUUUAUAGGUUAUAAUAUAUUCAUACAGAUGGCCGUUUUUUAGGGACUUUAAUUUUUUAACUCACAUGUGAUGGCUUAAGAGAGAGAAAAACCGAAAAGCCUUAAGGUCAGUCACACACAACCUCCUUCAUGUAUGCCAAUUAUGUCAGCGUCAUGAGUCAGCUCCCACUGUAUGUCACAGCUGCUUUGAUUUAUUUUUAACGUGGAAUAAAGUCGAUGGUACUGAGGGCUCACCAGGCAAAUAGCAUGAAAUCCUGAAAUCACUCUGCACAGCUGCUCACAUGGAUAGAAGAGUUGAAUAUUAAACCUUGACUUACUGAUGUUUUCUCACUUUUUCUUUCAGUAUUAAAGAAAAGUCAUGUCAGGAGACUAUCACUCAUUGCCAAGAAUACAUGCAUUGUGUUACUUUUCAAUUACUUUCACUGUGGUUUGUGUUAUUUUUUUUAAGUUUUAUUUAUUUGGAUGUUAAUCCUUAACACAAAAACAAGAAAUGAGGAGAUUAGAAGUAGAUUUUAAUCAGGAAUUGGACAUGAGAGAUCUGACCAACUGGAAAUUAGCAAGUGGGGGUGGGGAGAACUGAAAAUGGUUUACAAUCUGUAUGCUCUGAGGAAUUUUUUGUUGCCAUCUGUUGCCCAUUAAAGUUAUUUGUUUAUCA